CAUCUGUCUGUGGGUAGGAUCUCUUUACUAACAGCAGUCUCAAGCUCUGGCAGUGGUCAGGAGCCUUUCUGUUUGUUCUGUUGUGGCUGUAUUUCACAUCUGGACUACCUGUAAUAAUCUGCAAAUGGCCUAUUAGCUUUUGUGGUAUCCUUCUAGCAUUGUUCAGUGUAAUUCUAACUGGAUUUUCAGUGAUGUUUUAGUUAAAACAAAGAACAAUAUUCUUGGUUACAAAAUACUCUCAUGAAAAACACUUGCAUGUUUUUUUCCAGUUAUUGCACUUGAUAAAUCCUUGACUCUACUGCCACUUUUAUGUGCAGUGGUACUUUUAAACAGCUGUUGCAGGGAAGCUUAGUGAAUACCAUCUGCACAAGAUUUUCAUUUACCUAAUUUUUAAAACCCAGGAUUUUGAGAAUGGAAUUAAUUCUGACAUAGUACUUUGUCAUCUUUGUGUAUUUUUUUUUCCUGUGGGCUGGGAAAGACAUGUAAAGGGAGCUGUAGUGCAUGAUCAUCUUAUGUGCUGAUGGAAAAUAAACUCACUGUAUUUCUUCACUUUCCUUUUCAGUCUUGAAGAUUUAAAAAAUUGUUUUGUGAUACAGUUUCUUUUAGGCAUGGUGUGGUACUGAAGGUAGUUGCCGUAGUAGAUGCAGGAGUUACUAGACUGCAUUAUCUUUUAAGUCUUCUUAAAAAUAAGCAUCUUAUUUCACGUAAGAAAAAUAAUUUUACAACUGAAUUUGUUAAGAUUAGAUUGGAAUUGCCUCAAAUCCAAUUAAGCCACACUGCAUGGACGUGCUGGGAAUAUAAAUGCAAUUACUGUAAAUUUGUACAAACUGAUUUGUUGCAUUAUCUUGCUAAUCUAACAUACAGUACUUUUUGUGUCCAUAUUGCAGACGGCAACUCCAAACUAACAUGGCAGUCAGACUGUGUGAUGUGGCUUCUCUGCUUAGAAGUGGUUCGUGGGCAGCAGAGCCUUGGACUGGGCAGGUAAUUGCUGCCAUGGAAACACAACUGUCUAAUGGACCAACUUGUAAUAACACAGCCCAUGGUUCAGCCACCAUAAACAAUUGCUCAUCACCAGUUGAUUCUGGGAACACAGAAGACAGCAAGACCAAUUUAAUAGUCAACUACCUUCCACAAAACAUGACACAAGAGGAACUGAAGAGUCUCUUUGGCAGCAUUGGGGAGAUAGAAUCCUGCAAGCUUGUCAGGGACAAAAUAACAGGACAGAGCUUGGGUUAUGGUUUUGUGAACUACGUUGACCCCAAGGAUGCCGAAAAAGCUAUCAAUACCCUAAAUGGAUUGAGACUACAAACUAAGACUAUAAAGGUUUCUUAUGCACGACCAAGUUCAGCUUCUAUCAGAGAUGCAAAUUUGUAUGUUAGUGGACUUCCAAAAACAAUGACCCAAAAAGAACUGGAACAGCUCUUUUCCCAAUAUGGACGUAUUAUUACUUCUCGUAUUCUGGUUGAUCAAGUCACUGGGGUGUCACGGGGCGUGGGGUUUAUCCGGUUUGACAAGCGAAUUGAAGCAGAAGAAGCUAUCAAAGGCUUGAAUGGCCAGAAACCUCCAGGUGCCACAGAGCCCAUCACUGUAAAGUUUGCUAACAAUCCAAGCCAAAAAACCAAUCAGGCCAUUCUUUCCCAGCUGUACCAUUCUCCAAACAGAAGGUAUCCUGCCCCUCUAGCUCAGCAGGCUCAACGUUUUAGGUUGGACAAUCUGCUCAACAUAGCUUAUGGAGUAAAGAGGUUUCCUCCAAUGACCAUUGAUGGAAUGACCAGUUUGGCCGGAAUUAAUAUCCCUGGACAUGCAGGAACUGGGUGGUGCAUUUUUGUGUACAACUUGGCCCCUGAUGCUGAUGAGAGUAUCCUCUGGCAGAUGUUUGGACCCUUCGGAGCAGUGACCAACGUGAAGGUCAUCCGUGACUUUAACACCAACAAGUGCAAAGGUUUUGGAUUUGUGACUAUGACAAACUACGAUGAGGCAGCUAUGGCAAUAGCCAGCCUGAACGGAUACCGCCUUGGUGACAGAGUACUGCAGGUCUCCUUCAAAACAAACAAAACGCACAAAGCCUAACAAGUUAUUCUCAGUGCAUUAAUACAUGAAAACUAUACAACAAAGGCGAUUUACAGGAAGCUUUAUGCAUUAGUAAAUGCCUUUGUUGUAUGCCAGUGUGGAAAUGGGGAUAAAAUGACUACUUAGCAUCCUAAGAAUAUGUGAGAUUUUUUUAUUGCUACUAUUUGAAUUAGAACUUCUUAACUAUCUUUUGUGUUUGAGUAUUGACAAGAGGUACAGGGUUUUUACCUGUCACAAUGCGUAUUCUAUUGCCUUCUUUGAAGAAGGUGGACCUUUUAAAAUGUUUCAGCUAAGGGAAGAAGUUUUUUUUCUUUAUACAUGACUGCCUUUAAUCUAUGAGUAAAUAUCAAGGCUUUGUGUAAUACUAUAUUUUUUUUGUCAUUUCUUGAUUUGCUUUGUGUUUAAUUUACAUUGUAAUGCAAUAUUGUUUUGUUGUUCAAGAAAAGUAUCUGAAGUUUACAUUUUAUUUAUAAAGUUAUAAGCAGUAUUUAUUUCAUCAUCUUCAUUUGGGUUGGGGAGUGGGAACACAUUAUAAAAGCUUAUUGUAAGAAUA